UUGGGCUUUUUCUCUGUCCAAAGAAAAGAAAGGAAAAAGAUAUACAAGAAAAGUCACUCCAAGGAGAUGCAGGGUAUCGAUCCCUGUACCUCUCCCAUGCUAAGCGAGCGGUCUACCGUCUGAACUACAUCAACGUCAAAUAGUUUUAUUUAGUUAUUUUUUGUUUCGUACUGCAAGCUUCCUCAAGAGUAUACAAAAUUCAGACCGUCCAGUGUCCAAGUGUCAGUUUUCAACAAUCGAGCUCGACCAAAAUCAUCGAAAUGUUAAGAAGAUUAGUGUUCCAGGCUUCAACUCAGCGUCGUUCGCUGUUUGGUGCUUCCGCCUCACUCUCAUGGUGUCGUCAACGUUCUUCUUCUCCUGCAUCAACUUCCCAAUCUCCUAACAGUACUUUUGUCGAACACUUGGAGGACAGCGAAGUUAGUCCCACGCCCCCUUCUGCAGCAAUCUCCAUUGACCGAUCCGGCUUAUAUAAUCCUCCUGAGCAUUCACAUGAACCUUCAUCGGAUUCCGAGCUUGUUAAACAUCUUAAAAGCAUUGUAAAGUUCAGAGGCGGGCCCAUCUCAGUUGCCGAAUAUAUGGAGGAAGUCUUGACGAACCCAAAGGCAGGGUUCUAUAUUAAUCGUGAUGUGUUUGGCGCAGAAGGUGAUUUUAUUACCUCUCCUGAAGUAAGCCAGAUGUUUGGAGAGGUAAUUUUAAUGAUCUUUUGAUUGGCUUACUAAUAAAUAAGUUACAAUUCAAAAGAUAAUUAAAAUAUUAUUAUAUAAUGUUUAAUUAGUUAGAUUUAUAAUAUUUAGAUUUA